CUGCCUCCCGGCCCUCGCGGACUACCGAUAUUCGGUUCGCUACUGGACAUCCGCCACGAUACACACCUCUCCAUUGACCGCUUGGUAAAGCGCUACGGAGACAUCUGUUUGCUUCGCUUCGGCAGCGUGCCGACCGUAAUCAUCAGCGACGCGGACCUGUUGCACGAGGCCUUCGGCAAGGCCGAGCUGGCCGAUCGCUGGGUAAGCGAAAUCAUGGACACCCUAAGCGGACAGAAGGACCUCGUGCUGGCUCCGUAUGGCGAGCACUGGCGGCAGAUGCAACGAUUCGCGAACCGCGAGUUGCUCAGUGCCCGCAACGUGGACAACGUUCGUGAAAGACACAUCGAGACCGUCGUCAACGACCUGGUCGAACGAAUGGGUGAAAUGGGUGUCGCCGGAGAACUGGUUUCACCACCCGCGAUGACAGCCCUCAGUAACGCCACUCUUAUGUUCCGCAGCUUGUUCGGGCAGCCGGAGAACGCCACCGACGAAUUCCUUCAGCACCGUGACAGGUUGUUGGAAUACAUCAGCUGGAUAUUCAGCAGCGCCACCGCUACCAACCUGGCUGACUACAUUCCCUGGCUCCGUUUCCUGCCCAACAACGCCCUGAAGGAAGCCGCUUUACAGGCCAAGAUUGGCGGGGCCAUCAUCCGCGCGCUUGUGGAUGCUGCUCGCAAUCGUCCGAAUCUUGAUCUUUCGUCCCCUACCUGCCUGGUCGAGGUGAUGCUGGCCAGGGAAGAGGCGGGCGAAAUAACCGACGUGAUGACCUGCGACCUUUGCAUGGACCUGUUGAUAGCGGGCACCGACACCUCGGCGCAAACGGUCAACUGGUUUCUGCUGUUGCUGGCCAACCGGCCCGAGAUCCAGGCCAGGGUGCAUGAGGAGAUGGACCGGGUAAUCGGGAGGGACGCCGUACCCACCGUUGAAGACCGGACUCGCCUUCCCUAUGUCUUCGCCUGCCUGGCCGAGUCGAUGCGCUACCGCACCAUCGGCCCGCUGGGACUGCCUCACAAGGCUUCGGAAGACACGGAAAUCGGCGGCUACAGGAUUCCGUCGGGAACGCAGGUGCUGGGCAACAUAUACUCCAUACACCAUGACCCGCGAUACUGGGACUCGCCCCACGAGUUCAUCCCCGAGCGUUUCCUGCCACAGGAGGACGAGCCGAUGUCGGCAGCGCUGACCAGUCAGGCCUACCUGCCCUUCGGCACUGGCCAUCGCCGCUGCCCCGGCCGCCGCCUAGCCGAGACCACUGUCUGGCUACACAUCACGCGCAUGAUGCACCGCCUGCGUUUCGAGACGCCCGAUAGUGAGCCGCUGACAGAGGACGAAGUGUUCGGCUUGGCCAUUGCGCCCAAGCCAUACUCACUGAGAGUGACCCGACGCUGGUAG